AAUCUUUCUUUCGUAUAAUAGUUUCCAAAACACCAUUGGGCCUCUUAAAUUUUCGAUACACGAUCGGUUUAAGAAUUUCAUGGGGGAAUCAGUAUUCAUUUGAACCUUUGGUAGAGCAGUCGACAAGCGUCCACACCAACGAACGAGAAAAUUAAUAGCGUAUACACGUGGAAAGCAUAUAUUACGCAGUACGUAAUAGACACGACGUUUUAAAACGAUUCGUAUCAUUUCUAUCCAGUUCCAAAAAUAAAAGAUCGAAGUUCCGGUAGCAAUUGACGUACAAUAUUACUCCGGAAACGGUGGUUAGAGAUAUAAAAAAUAAUAACGAUAUGUCGAAAAACUUAGAAGAAAACAUAUCGUCUGCUACAAAUAGUGAAAUGUCGAUGAAUGUUCCGCAAACACCUCGAUUGCCAAUGUUGCCGACGACGGCGGAUCGUGAACCACCGCAAACGUCGCAGCACUGGUCAAUGACGUACGGACCACCCCAGCCACUGGCACCGCAGACACUUAGCGUGAUGACUUAUCAUCCUCCACAGCCGCCGUUGCAGUUGAUGACAUAUAUGAUUCCGUCCACAUCACCGAUACCGAUGGCGCCGGACAGCGUGUACAUGCAGAUGCCGCUGUACCGGCACUUGCCACCGGACAUGUAUCAGAUGCAGAUGCCACCGUACCGGAACCCAUCGCCGGACACGUAUCAGACUGCAUCUGCAAUGCCGCCGCCGGACACGCAUCUGAUGCAGAUGCCGCAGUACAGGAGUCCGCCGACGCACACGUAUCAAAUGCAGGUGCCGCUGUACUGGAACCCAUCGUUGAACACAUAUCAGACUGCAUCUGCGAUGCCACCAUACCAAAACCCGUCGUCGGACACGAAUCAGAUGCAGAUGCCGCCGUACCGGAACCCAACGUCGGACACGUAUCAGACUGCAUCUGCAAUGCCGCCGUACCGGAAUCCGCCGCCGCACACGUAUCAGAUGCGGAUGCCGUACCAGAACCCGUUGUCGGACACAUAUCAGAUGCAGCUGCAGCCGAUAUCGCCGCGUCACUGCGUUCAACCGAUAGAGAUUUUGGUACCGAUGAGACCGGAAGCGCUGCAGGUUCAGCCGUCACACAGGCUGGAAGUCAUUGAGACUCACGUGGCUAACAUGCACCAAGACGUCAGCUUCGUCCAGGACGAGGAAUCGUUCGUGCCGUACUACUGCUUGGACUGUUUCACGGUCAUGUACUCUCACGGCAGCGUCGAUCCGAGUACACCACUUGAAAUAAGGCGUCAACCGACGGUGUACAUCAUGCGCAAGCUGGUCCGCAGAUCCCUGGAUAACGAGUUUCAUACCGAUCGCCACGAUAACGGUGAUGGAGAUCACCACAGUGACGACACCGAUCCCGAAUUCGCCGCCAGCAAUCCCGGACCGUAGGAGCCAUAGACGACUCGUUUCACGCAUAACGUUGACGUUGGUUUUUUGGUGAAUUCAUCGUUUACGAUUAGGUUAUAAUACAAUAAUAUGAUUAGAAAAUUUUAAUGACAAAUUGAAUCAUGAGGUUUCCUUUUGAAUGUAUAACGAACCUUUAAACGAUUUGUUUUUACUAUUUAAA